AUGAGUCUCCUAUUUAGUUUGAUUUGGCACAACUACAUGCACCGCUCCCGAAAGCGAUGGCUUCUUCCCAACUUCAAUAGCUUUCUCUUUUUUACGUUCUGAAUUUGUGUAAGUUGUAUAUAGUCUACUACAUGCCAUUCUCUUUUCAUUGCCAUUUGGUAAUACAUCGUUCUCUUUUCUAACCGUAAAACAAAACAUCAUGAUUUCAUUCUAUUUUUAGUAAAAUAGUUGUUUGUCUUCCGUCCAAUGAAAUUUCCAGCCAUUUGGACUACACAUCAUAUGCACCUUCAUGGAUUUCUAAGGAAAGUUGAGAUUACAAGAGAAAGCAAAUCAUAUUUCAAAGUCUGGUUUAGGAAGAGAAUCAUCAAAGAAAGCAAGUUUUUUUGAAUUUCCAACCAAAAGGGUAUUAAGGCAAAGGCAUUUAUUACCUUACCUGUUACCAUUUAAUGCCCCCAACUACAUAAUUACCAGCAGGGGAAUAAUUCUUUCUUUCACCCCCUUCCUUUGGUUUCUCCACUACCCUAAUAAUUUAAACAAAAACCAACGUAACGUUUCGGCAGAAGCAGCAGUGAUUUCUACUGUAAGGUGAAAAUUGAAGGCCAUGGCCAUGGAAGCCAUCAGAGGACGUUGGGCAGAUUUAGGGGUUGUGAAUACUAUCUAUGAAGAUGAUGUUGAAGAUUCCUCCACUUCCCUUUCUGUCUCCCCAGAAAUCUCCCCAUCUCCUUCACCUCCCCGCUCUCGGGUUGUCUCCUGGUCCCAAGUUACAGGAAAUGACACUGAUGUAGUUAUACAUGUUGAAGAGUCACUUUUUCGCCUACACAAGGAUCCGUUGACAGCAAGGAGUGGAUUUCUGAAAAGGUACCUGAAGGGCCAAUCCGAAUUAACCCUCUCUCCGCCGUUAAAGAUAACGGCAGAAACAUUUUCUUUAAUCGCCGAGUUUUGUUACGAUGCGCACAUCGUCAUAACGCCGUUUAACGUCGCCGCUCUUCGUACGGCGGCGGAGUUGCUAGAAAUGACGGAGGCUAAUAACAUGGCGGGAGGCGAGAACUUGGCACAGAAAACGGAAGCAUAUUUCCGCCGUGUAAUUGCCGUUAACCGAGAGUAUGCAUCAAUUGUGUUGCGUUCUUGCGUUUCGCUGCUGCCGGAGUCUGAAACCACGUCGUCAGUGUUGAGUCGAUGUAUUGAAGCGUUGAGUUUGGUGGACGAUGGUAACGGCGUUAUGAGGUGCCUCAACGACGUUAAAGAGUUGCGACCCGUGGAUUUUCAAUUAAUCGUUCAGUCAAUGAAUCGGUGGUUGAGCGGAAGCCAUGACCAGCUCUAUAGAGUUGUUGACCUUUAUCUUAAGGAAUACAAGGGCAAGAUAUCAGAUGAAGAAAAAAUAGCAAUGUGCAAUUACAUCGACUGUACCAUCCUCUCGCCUCAACUUCUCAUGCAUGCGGUCCAAAACUCAAGAAUGCCAUUAAGGUUUGUGGUCCAAGCCAUGUUUGUGGAACAAUUAAACACACGUCGCUCUAUCCUCACCGCCACUGCGGCCGACAACCACCACCAUCAUCACAUUAAUCAUCGCCAAAACAAAAACGAAGUCAGUUUAGGUACAAUUCUCGAACGAGAUGCAGCACUACGUCAAGUGGCGCAGCUCAAGGCAGCGAUGAAUGCCACGAGCUCGCGAAUUCAGAGCUUGGAGAAUGAGUUGAGUGGUAUGAGGAAGCUUCUUAAAGAAUCAGAUCAAAACACGAAGAGUAAUUUGACGCAUGAUUCUGCUCGGUCUGCUAGUUUUCGAUUGAGUUCUGAGAAUAAGAUUGAUAGAGGACAAAUUGGAUCAGUUUCCUCAGCGAGCUUUCGGAUUCUUACAGGUAGAGAAAGAGGAGUAAUACUUGGGUCGUCUAAUUCAUCAGAAGUGUCGUACGAGGAAAGUAUGAAAGCGGAAAAGAGUAACUUUAGUCGAAGGUUUAUGAAUGGAUUGAAGAGUGCAUUUCGAGUGUCAAAAAAGAAAACAGAGAGUAAGGUGGAAAAUGUAAAAGAGGAAGAUGGUAAAGACGUUGUGGUGAUUAAGAAGGACGUACCUUUUCGCAGGCAACCUCGUUCUCAACAUCAGUAAAAUCUGUUCGUUUCACAAUUCUUUUAAAUUUAUUUAUGUGUUUUAUGAGAUUGUGUUACUAUUAGAUUGGCUUCCCGACAAGACUACGUUUCUCAAAAAGUGUAAAGUUUCUAGUUACAGCUUUUUCUAAUAGGAUUGAUUUGGGGUACUGGCGUA